CCGGGCCUCGGGGGCUUGAGCGUCUGGACCUGACCUCGGGGUCAUGUUUGCACUUGCUCCCCGGUCUCCUGGGAGGCGGGUAGGAUUCUGGACCCCGCAGUCAUCGGCCCUUUCCGCAGGUGUUGCUCAGCCCGGGGAUGCCCUCCCCUCGAAGACGGUGGCCUUCUGCUGUUUUUUUAUUUUUUGUUUUUAUUUUUAUUUAUUCAUGAGAGACAGAGAGAGAGAGAGGCAGAGACUCAAGCAGAGGGAGAAGCAGGCUCCAUGAUUGUCUUCCUUGGUUUAGGGAAAUCUGUCCCCAAGACACCUCUAGUCCCCAAGCCCUGUGAUUUUAAGAAGUCAAUUGACUAUCUCGUAAGGAGACUCGUAUGCUUAUUGUUUGAUUUCUUGCACAUAGUAGCAGUUCCUUUCCAUUCACUGGAUGAAGGAAUCUCCAAGUGGUGGGGUACCCAGUCAGUUGGGAUUGGAACAAUGCAAUUGAUCCAACAGGUUGAUGGUGAGCAUGUUUUUGAACACAUUAACACCGAAGUUCUACGUGGCCCUGACAGGCACUUCCUCACUAAUAUCAGGGCUCAUUUUGAUAUUUGAAUGGUGGUAUUUUCGCAAGUACGGAACAUCAUUCAUUGAACAAGUCUCCGUAAGCCACUUGCGCCCCCUCCUGGGUGGGGUUGACAACAACUCCUCCAACAAUUCUAACUCCAGCAAUGGGGACUCCGAUUCCAACAGGCAAAGUGUCUCAGAAUGCAAAGUAUGGCGAAAUCCACUAAAUUUAUUUAGGGGUGCUGAAUAUAAUCGGUAUACUUGGGUGACAGGACGAGAGCCUUUGACUUACUAUGACAUGAAUCUCUCUGCCCAAGACCACCAGACAUUCUUUACUUGUGACUCAGACCACCUGCGUCCUGCAGAUGCAAUAAUGCAGAAAGCCUGGAGAGAGAGAAACCCCCAAGCUAGGAUUUCUGCAGCUCAUGAAGCCUUAGAGAUAAAUGAAAUUAGGUCCAGAGUUGAAGUUCCCCUAAUUGCUUCCUCUACCAUCUGGGAGAUAAAAUUGUUACCAAAGUGUGCGACUGCUUAUAUUCUCUUGGCUGAAGAGGAAGCAACGACCAUUGCUGAAGCAGAAAAGCUGUUCAAGCAGGCCCUGAAGGCUGGAGACGGCUGUUAUCGGCGUUCGCAGCAGCUACAGCAUCACGGGUCCCAGUACGAAGCCCAACAUAGACGAGAUACCAAUGUCUUGGUCUACAUCAAAAGAAGGCUAGCAAUGUGUGCCAGAAGACUCGGGAGGACCAGGGAAGCAGUGAAAAUGAUGAGAGAUUUAAUGAAGGAGUUCCCCUUGCUGAGCAUGUUCAACAUCCAUGAAAACCUUUUAGAAGCCCUUCUGGAACUACAAGCAUAUGCUGAUGUUCAGGCAGUCUUAGCAAAGUAUGAUGAUAUAAGCUUACCAAAGUCGGCAACAAUAUGCUAUACAGCUGCCUUGCUCAAAGCAAGAGCUGUCUCUGACAAAUUCUCUCCCGAGGCUGCAUCUCGGCGGGGGCUGAGCACAGCAGAGAUGAAUGCAGUAGAGGCCAUUCACAGAGCCGUGGAAUUCAAUCCUCACGUGCCAAAAUACCUACUAGAAAUGAAAAGCUUAAUCCUACCCCCAGAACAUAUCCUGAAGCGAGGGGACAGUGAAGCGAUAGCAUAUGCGUUCUUUCAUCUGGCACACUGGAAGAGGGUGGAAGGGGCUUUGAAUCUUUUGCAUUGUACGUGGGAAGGCACUUUUCGGAUGAUCCCUUAUCCCUUGGAAAAGGGGCAUCUGUUUUACCCUUACCCCAUCUGUACAGAAACAGCAGAUCGAGAGCUGCUUCCGUCUUUCCACGAAGUCUCAGUUUACCCGAAGAAGGAGCUCCCCUUCUUCAUCCUCUUUACUGCCGGGUUGUGCUCCUUCACAGCCAUGCUGGCCCUCCUGACGCACCAGUUCCCGGAGCUCAUGGGGGUCUUCGCAAAAGCCAUGAUUGACAUGUUCUGCUCGGCAGAGCUCAGGGACUGGAAUUGCCAGAGCAUUUUCAUGCACCUUGAAGAUGACCUGGAAUUGCCACCGGCACCUCGAUCUCCGCAUUUCCAAAACUGAACGUGCUCCUGCCCCUCCCCGCCCCGCCCGGUUACUGGAGCCAGAGACACAGCAGCCCUCGAGCCCCUGUCCCCGCCCCCAUCCUGCCUGCCUCGGCCUCCAUAGUGGCGGCCUCCGAGCUUCAGGCCCUCAGUGGCUGAUUCACCUCCUUCCCCUCCCCGUCCCCACGGCCUCCCCCUAGUGUAGGUCUUGGUGGUUUCUUGCUUGGACUCCUCCGCAGGAGUCUUCACUGGUCUCCCUGCCUCCGGUUUCUGCCCCUGCAGUCUUCCUUCCGCACUGACACAAGAACGGGCUUUCCAGACUGCAAGUCUGAGCCUGCCACUUCCCUGCCUGAGUUUCUCCCGAGGUUUCCCGCUGACUCGGGGAUAAAGCCUCAGCUCUGUAGCCACGAGGCCCCUUCUGAUCUGGUCUUUGCUUGCCUCUUGAGCCUCAUCUCUCCCAGCGCUUGCACAGACACCGCUCUUGGGCCACAGUGAAUUACUCACCACUCCCAGAUGCCCAGACUCUUGGGCACCCCGGUGCCUUUGCACGUGCCGUUUGCUCUGCUUGGAAUGCCCUUCCCCGUCACCACCCCGGCUCGUCUGCUCGACUAACUCCUCUUCGUUCUUUCUCACUCAGCUUUCUUUCCGGGUUUCUCCUAAGCUGAGUUCGAGGUCUCUCCUCUGAGAUCCCACAGUAUUCCAUGAAUACCUAUAUCAUCACAUUUCCUGUACUAUAUUAUAACUAUCGGAAACGUGUCUGUCCCCCUUUUAGAAUGUGAGCUCCUUGAGAGCAGGACCGUGUCUUCCUCGUCUCUGUAUCCCCAAAGCUUUGCACAGUGCCUUGCACUUAGUAGGUUUUCAAUAAAUGAUUGUCAAAUAAAUACACGGUAGUGGUUUCUGCAGAAAGAGGCAAUGUGAAGAAUCAGAUACAGUUUAGCAUUUAUCCUCUUGCUUUUUUUUUUUAAGAUUUUACUCAUUUAUUCACGAGAGACACACA